CAGUAUAAAAAGGUCACCACCUUAUAGCCAAGUUCAUCAGAUUACACCAACUAGUGCAGUUCUUGAUCAAACUAUAGCACUAUACUAGUAAUCACCACUUCUUAUUACAAUGGUUGCUGUUGAAAUUCCCACACUGGUGCUUCCAAACUCUUCUUCCGAACAGAGGGUGCCAGUGGUUGGAAUGGGUUCUGCACCAGAUUUCACCUGCAAGAAAGACACAAAGGAAGCAAUCAUUGAAGCCAUAAAACAGGGUUACAGACACUUCGACACUGCUGCUGCUUAUGGCUCUGAGCAAGCUCUUGGUGAAGCCUUGAAAGAAGCUGUUGAACUUGGCCUUGUCUCUCGUCAAGAUCUUUUUGUCACUUCCAAGCUUUGGGUCACUGACAAUCAUCCUCAUCUUGUUGUUUCGGCCUUGCGCAAAUCACUCAGAACUCUUCAAUUGGAGUAUCUUGAUCUCUAUCUCAUUCACUGGCCGAUCAGUUCUCAGCCUGGAAAAUUCUCAUUUCCGAUUGAGGUGGAAGAUCUUUUGCCUUUUGAUGUGAAGGGUGUGUGGGAAGCCAUGGAAGAGUGUCAAAAGCUUGGUCUCACACGAGCCAUUGGUGUCAGCAACUUUUCCGUGAAGAAACUUCAGAAUUUGUUGUCUGUUGCUACCAUCCGUCCUGUGGUGAAUCAGGUGGAGAUGAAUCUUGCAUGGCAACAGAAGAAGCUAAGAGAGUUCUGCAAUGAAAAUGGGAUUGUUAUAACUGCAUUUUCUCCUCUGAGAAAAGGUGCAAGUAAGGGACCAAACGAAGUGAUGGAGAAUGAUAUGCUGAAAGAGAUUGCAGAGGCUCAUGGUAAAACUAUAGCUCAGGUUUGUCUCAGAUGGUUGUAUGAACAAGGAGUCACUUUCGUGCCUAAGAGCUACGAUAAGGGAAGGAUGAACCAAAAUCUUCAGAUUUUUGAUUGGAAGUUAACUCAAGAAGAUCAUCACAAAAUUAGUGAAAUAUAUCAAAAUCGUUUGAUCAAUGGACCCACCAAACCCCAACUCAAUGAUCUUUGGGAUGAUGAAAUAUAAACUACAACUUGUAGUUUCAUAACUCAAAUGUUGAAUUUUCCUUUUACAUUGCAAUUUAAACUUCAUGUUAGCUUUCUCAUUUUGUUUUGUAAAGAAAUGAAACUAUGGAUUCAUUUCUAGACAAUGUUGCUCUUUUCUCGAUUGGAUUCUUACUUUGGAAAUAAUUGGAGAAUAUUAACAUUUA